UGGAAGUAAGGAUGGGGCACACUUUGCUCUGCAGGCUGGGCUUCUUCUUGAUUUGGACACUCUGGAUUGGACAUGCUGAAGCAGAUAAACUCAGAGCCACACUGACAGCAGAUGAAACAAUCAUACCACUAGGGGGCAGUGUUAGACUGACCUGCUCUGUGGAUGGAUCUGCUGACUGGAAGUUUGACUGGUUCAGAAAUGGGCAACAAUAUUCUGUAGUCCAGACCAGAGGAAACAUUGAGCCAUACGGAGACAUCAGCAUCUCAGAGGGAGGUCUAUACAGCUGCAGAGGAGGAAGAGGAGAUCCAGUUUUUACAACAGAAACAAGCAAUGAAUUCUCUAUUAGGAAAACUGUCUCUAAGCCAACAGUGAUCCAGCAACCCAGUGGGUCUGAUGUAUUCAGAGGAGAGAAAGUCACUCUGAGAUGUGAGAUCUAUGGAGGCGGAGGAGCUAAGUGGACGUAUGAAUGGAGACCAACCAGCAGAAACUCUCCAACAUCCAGUGAAUACAGGAUCAACAGAGUCUCUACGUCUGACAGUGGAAAAUACAGCUGUAGGGCUAAAGGAGAUCAUCUGAUAACAGAAUGGAGUGAUUCCUUCAGACUGACAGUUAGAGAUAAACCUCAGCCUGUCCUCUCUGUGUCUCCAUCAUGGCUGAGUCCUGGAGCCUCAGUGACUCUGAGCUGUGGGGGGUUGGAGCAUCUAUCUGCAGGAUGGAGGUUCUUCUGGUAUAAAGUGGUUCCAGCAAAAUCCAGCAGCUCCUACAGCUUAGAGCUGCUGACUGGCAGAACCAACUGGACUGAACAGAACUCCUACCUCAUUAAUGGACAGAAUCACACAGCAGGAUAUGUGUGCAGAGCAGGAAGAGGAGAACCAGUGUUUUACACUAAAUACAGUGAAGCAAAGUUUGUCUGGUCUGCAGACUCUCAUCCAGCUGCUUCUCUCUCAGUGACUCCAGACAGAGUUCAACAUUUUAUCUAUCAGUCUGUCACUCUGAGCUGUAGUGGGAACAACACUGAGUGGAGACUGAGGAGGUUUACAGAAACAGGUGGACUAUCAGACAUUCACUGCUCCAACUGGUGGACAAUGACUGGAUCCUUAUGUUCUAUAAACACAGACUGGUCUCACAGUGGAGUGUACUGGUGUGAGUCUGGAUCAGGAGAUUUUAGCAACUCAGUCAACAUCACUGUACAGGAUAAACAUUAUAGUAUUAUCCUGGUGAGCCCCGUCCAUCCUGUGACUGAGGGAGAUCCUGUUACUCUGAGCUGCAGAGAUAAAGAACAAAAACUUCUCUCCAAUGUGUUUUUCUAUCACAAUAACAAACUGAUCCAUAAUGACAGCAGAGAGGAGCUGAAGAUCUCUGCUGUGUCAAAGUCAGAUGAAGGUUUCUACAAGUGUGAACAUUCAGGAAAGGAGUCACCACAGAGCUGGAUGGCUGUUAGAGUGACUCUGUCCAGUCCUGUUGACUCUUCAUUUGCUGUGCUGAUGAUUGUUGGACCAUUUAUAGGAAUAAUUCUCAUUAUCCUGCUGCUGCUGUUGUGGUGCUACACACGGUCCAAAGAUUUCUGCUGCAUCAGGUCAGAAAGCAGCAGUCAGAGCUCCACCACCAAUCAUGGAAUCAACCAGACAGACAGCCAAGUUUACAGCUCUCUGCUGCACGGUGAUACUUCUGAGUAUGAGUCAAUCCAACGGGCCACAAACAAAGGGAGCCCUGAUGACCCAGAUGAGGAUCCUGUUUACACUAAUAUUGAAGCAGAAACCACAGGAAGGUAGACUCCAGAAGCAGAACAUGGAGCUGUUUAUUCUAUGAAACAUCUGGAAAGCAAUAACAGACAUACACUAAUGUUUGAACAACUAUAAACAUUUUUUUGUGGAUUUUAAUACUUGUCACAUAAAAAUGUGUUUAUUUCAGAUAUUUUAUCUUAGUAUCAGCUUUUCAAUUAAAUGACGAAACAUCAAGAUCAACAACAGUCAUCAGUAUACACUUUAUUUUUUAAGUAGACAUAUAUUAUCAAACAUUUAACUUGGAUAUAAAUAUAUUGCUUUGUUUUGCUU